GGACAAACAGAGAGUUGCAAGGCAGUGAAGAAAAAUGGCUCACAGAAGAUGCAUUGGUAGGAAACCUUUCAUCACAGUGUUGUAUAUGGUGGCAGUGUGCAGCGGCGUCCCCGUAAGUGACCUUCUGGACAGAGCCUCUCAGCACUCUGACAAACUACACUCUCUCAGCACAACACUCACCCAUGAGCUGGACUCUCAUUUCCCUGCAAUGGGCAGGGUGAUCAUGCCCCGGCCGUCAGUAUGCCACACAUCCUCAUUACAGACACCCAGUGACAAAGAGCAAGCGCUUCAAGUGUCUGAAUCAGAACUACUCUCACUGGCACGUUCCUUGCUCCAAGCCUGGGUGGACCCUCUGGUGGUCCUAUCCUCCUCUGCCAACACCCUGUCUCACCCAGCUCAAAGCAAAAUAAUCAACAAAAUCCUUGAGUUGCAGGAACAUUCCAAGAACCUUGGAGAUGGUCUCAAAAUCCUGUCUGGCAAGAUGGACCCAACAGCUCAGACCAUCUCCUCGCUGCCAUACAGAGGAGGCAAUGACACUGGUCAGGACAGGAUCUCCAAACUGAUCAGAUUCCACUUUCUCUUGUCCUGCUUUCGCCGAGAUUCCCACAAGAUCGACAGCUUUCUGAAAGUCCUCCGCUGCCGGGCAGCAAAAAUACAACCUCACUUGUGCUAAAGUGUGAAGCAGCUUUUUCCUCAUUUCAUUUCAAAGCUUGUAUACGACAGCAGAAAUUUAAAAAAAAAAAAAAAAGUUUUAGAUUGUUUAUGUUAUUUGAUAGGCAUGAUACAGUAUAUCAGAAGGUGGUGCAUUGAUAAGCAUCUGCUCAUCUCUGUUUACUUUUCACAUUAUUCGGCAAUUAAAUAAGUAGAUGUUUGUUUUUUUUUUGCAAGGCUGAAAAAUAUUUGAUCAAUU